AUGUAUAUAUGUAUAUAUGUAUAUAUGUAUAUAUUUAAAUAUUUACAUAUUUAUAUAUAUAUUUAUAAAAUUUAUUUUCUUUUUAAUUAUAUAUAUUAUAUAAAUAAAUAUAUAUUCUAUACAUCUAUAUUAUUAAAUUAAAUAAUUUUUUCAUUUUUUUAAUAUAUUAAUUAUAAUUUACUGUUUUUUAAGAUUAUAAAAUAUUUAAAAAUAAAAUAAUUAACAAUGUAAAAUUAACAAACUUGUAUUUUACAUAAUAACGAGACAAUAACAAAUUUUUGUAAAUCGUCAUCAUGUGUAAUGCCAUUAUGCCCUGAAUGUAUAAACGAUCACUAUUUUUUGCAUUAAAAGAAUUAAAUUGAACCGUAAAUUGAAUAAAUACAAAUGACAUAUUAGAAUACAAAUAAAAUUAUAAGAUAUAUAUAUAAAAAUUUAGAAUAGAAUUUAUUAAAUUUGUAAGAUUUUUAUCAACAAAGGUCUAACAAAUAGACUAUUUUUGAUUAAAUAUAUUAGUUUAGGUAGUAAAUAUAAUAAAUAUUAGACUCUUUUUUUGAAAAUUUACAAUAAGAGUAGUUAAAAUACGAAGAAAAUGAGCGUUUUUAAUAAGAAGAGUAACUUAAAAUAAUUGAAUAUACUAUUAACGAUGUUACGAGUAAUUUGGAAAAAAUUUAAUGUAAAAUAAAUGAAGAUAAAAAUAGUAUUAAAUAUUUAGUUAAAUUUCUACAUUCAGAUUAUGUGGAAAAAACAUUAAAUGAUAGUUUAAAAAUAAAAUAGAUUUUGGAAAAUUUAAAAGAUAAAUAAAUUUCAGAGGAAAAAAAUAAAGUAAACAUAAAUAAUAUUUAACCAAUUUUAGCAUAAAUAUUUGAAAUUUUAAAUAAAAAUUGUUUUCAUAAAAAAUUUAAAUUAAUAAAAACUUGUUAUACUAAGUUAAUCAAAAUUAAUUUUAAAAUAGUAAUGAUCAAAAAAAAUAAAUUUAAGAAUAAAAGAAAAAAAUAUAAACGAUUAUUUAUAAUAAAUAAGGAUAUAAUUCUUUUCAUUAAAAUAAUUAUAACUAAUUUA